AUGGUUAUAGUAACUAGAGGAGAUUAUAUUUGGAUAGAGCCAAUUUCUGGAAGAGAAUUUGAUGUUGCAAUUGGCGCUAGAGUUAUUUCAGCCGAAGGAAAACGUAUUCAAGUUAAAGAUGACGAUGGAAGGGAAUUAUGGCUUACGCCAGAGAGGCGAAUUAAAGCAAUGCACCCUACUUCAAUUCAUGGAGUAGAGGAUAUGAUAUCAUUGGGUGACUUACAUGAAGCAGGGAUAUUGAGGAAUUUACUUAUUAGAUACAAUGAAAAUUUAAUAUAUACUUAUACUGGAUCAAUUUUGGUUGCGGUUAAUCCUUAUCAAAUUCUACCAAUUUACACAGCCGAGCAAGUAAAAUUGUACAAAGAUAGAAAAAUUGGUGAAUUACCUCCUCAUAUUUUUGCUAUUGGCGAUAAUAGUUAUACUCAUAUGAAGAGAUUUGGUCAAGAUCAAUGUAUUGUCAUCAGUGGUGAAAGUGGAGCUGGUAAGACUGAAAGUACAAAGUUAAUUUUACAAUACUUAGCUGCUAUUAGUGGUAAACAUUCUUGGAUUGAACAACAAAUAUUAGAAGCAAAUCCUAUUCUUGAAGCUUUUGGUAAUGCCAAAACUAUUAGAAAUGAUAAUUCUUCGAGGUUUGGUAAAUACAUUGAUAUACAUUUUAAUAACAAUGGUGUCAUCGAAGGGGCAAAAAUUGAACAAUAUCUGCUUGAAAAAUCUCGUAUUGUGUCUCAAUCUCAAGAUGAAAGAAAUUAUCACAUAUUUUAUUGUGUAUUAGCUGGCCUUUCUGCUGAGGAUAAAGAAAAAUUAGAACUUUCUGAUGCAUCACAGUAUAAAUACCUUACUGGUGGUGGAAGUAUUACUUGUGAGGGGCGUGAUGAUGCUGCCGAAUUUUCUGAUAUCAGAUCAGCCAUGAAAGUGUUAUUAUUUUCUGAUCAAGAAAUUUGGGAAAUAUUAAGAUUGUUAGCUGCACUACUUCAUAUAGGAAAUAUAAAAUAUAAAGCUGCAAUAAUUGAUAAUUUGGAUGCUACUGAAAUUCCUGAGCGUAUCAAUGUUACAAGAGUAGCAAAUUUAGUGGGAGUUCCUGUUCAGUCGUUAAUUGAUGCAUUGACUAGAAAAACCAUAUUUGCUCAUGGUGAAACUGUGAUUUCAACACUAUCAAGAGAACAGUCUGUUGAUGUUAGAGAUGCAUUUGUAAAAGGAAUUUAUGGUCGGUUAUUUGUUCACAUAGUUAGCAAAAUCAAUAAUGCUAUUUAUAAACCAAAAAGUACAACAAGAAGUGCUAUAGGUGUCUUAGAUAUAUUUGGAUUUGAAAAUUUUCAGACAAAUAGUUUUGAACAAUUUUGUAUAAACUUUGCUAAUGAAAAUUUACAACAAUUUUUCGUUCAACAUAUUUUCAAACUGGAACAACAAGAAUAUAAUCAUGAACAUAUUAGUUGGCAACAUAUAGAAUUUGUUGAUAACCAAGAUGCUUUAGACCUCAUUGCUACUAAACAACUUAAUAUCAUGGCUCUGAUUGAUGAAGAGUCCAAAUUUCCCAAAGGUACAGAUCAAACUAUGCUAGCCAAAAUGCAUAAAACACACGGAAAUCAUCGAAAUUAUUUAAAACCGAAAUCUGAUAUGAAUGCAUCAUUUGGAUUAAAUCAUUUUGCUGGUGUAGUUUUUUACGACACUAGAGGUUUUCUGGAAAAAAAUCGUGAUACAUUUAGUGCGGACCUUUUACAAUUAAUACAUAUUUCUACAAAUAAGUAUUUGAAAGUUUUAUUUGCUGAAGACAUUGGAAUGGGUUCAGAAACUAGAAAAAGAGCUCCAACACUAUCUACACAGUUUAAAAAAUCUUUAGAUCUUUUAAUGAAAACCUUGUGUACUUGUCAACCAUUUUUCAUUCGAUGUAUUAAACCAAACGAGUUAAAAAAACCAAUGAUGUUUGAUAGAGGUCUGUGUUGCCGUCAACUUCGAUAUUCGGGUAUGAUGGAAACUAUACGAAUUAGGCGGGCUGGAUAUCCUAUACGUCAUGGUUUUAAUGAAUUUAUUGAACGUUACCGUUUUUUGAUACCUGGAAUACCUCCAGCACAUAAGACUGAUUGUAAGAAAAUGACAUCUCAUAUUUGCCAAGCGGUUUUAGGACGGUCUGAUUAUCAACUGGGAAAUUCUAAAAUAUUUCUGAAAGAUGCCCAUGAUUUAUUUUUAGAGCAAGAGCGAGAUAGAGUUUUAACCAAAAAGAUCAUUAUCAUUCAAAAGUCAAUAAAGGGUUGGGUAUAUAGAAGAAGAUACUUACAAAUGAGAUCAGCCGCAGUAUUGAUUCAAAAACAUUUUAGAGGGUACUCUCAAAAGAAAAAAUAUCGACAUAUGCUUGUCGGUUAUCUUAGAUUGCAAGCGGUUAUCAGAUCACGUGUGUUAUCUCAUAGAUUUAAGCAUUUACGUGGUCAUAUUGUAGGAUUACAAGCACAAUCUCGAGGUUAUCUAGUCAGAAGAAUGUGCGCUCAUAAAAUGUGGGCUAUAGUUAAAAUUCAAGCCCAUGUUAGACGAAUCAUUGCUCAGCGGCGUUUUAAUAAAAUUAAAUUUGAAUUUAGAAUACAGAUUGAGGCUUUAAAGUUAAAAAAAAAAGAAGAAAGAGAACUCAAGGAAGCUGGAAAUAAAAGGGCUAAAGAAAUUGCUGAGCAAAAUUAUAGGGAACGCAUGGAAGAACUUGAAAGAAAAGAACAUGAAAUUGAGGAAGAAGAAAAAAGACAAAUGGAAAUUAAAAAAAAUCUUAUUAGUAAUGCUGCAAGAAAACAAGACGAACCUGUAGAUGACAGUAAACUUGUUGAAGCUAUGUUUGAUUUUCUCCCAGAUUCUAGUAGUGAAGCACCUAUGCAAACUAGAGGAACAUCUGUUUUUAUGGACCUUCCUACUUCAAAAACUGAUGACCAACAAGAUAUUAUUACUGAUAUGCAACCAGUUAUUGAUGACACAGAAGACUUGAGUGAGUUUAAAUUUCAAAAGUUUGCUGCAACAUACUUUCAAGGAAAUAUUACCCAUCAAUGUUCAAGAAAACCUCUCAAGCACCCUCUUCUGCCACUACAUGCUCAGGGAGAUCAAUUGGCUGCUCAAGCACUUUGGAUUACAAUUUUACGAUUCUGUGGAGAUUUAUCUGAGCCAAGGUAUCAUACAAUGGAAAGAGAUAAUACAUCAGUUAUGUCCAAAGUAACUGCAACUUUGGGUCGUAACUUCAUUCGAAGUAAAGAAUUUUAUGAAGCUCAAAUGAUUGGAAUGGAUCCAGAAAGCUUUUUAAAAACAAAACCUCGAUCAAUACGUCAUAAGUUGGUAUCACUUACUUUAAAACGGAAGAAUAAACUAGGAGAAGAUGUACGAAAAAGAUUACAAGAUGAUGAAUUUGCAGCUGAUAGUUAUCAGUCUUGGUUAGAUGCACGUCCUACAUCUAAUUUAGAAAAAUUACAUUUUAUUAUUGGUCAUGGUAUUUUAAGAGCAGAACUAAGGGAUGAAGUAUAUUGUCAAAUUUGCAAACAAUUAUCUGCAAAUCCAUCAAAAUCUUCUCAUGCUAGAGGAUGGAUUUUAUUAUCACUUUGUGUUGGGUGUUUUGCUCCUUCUGAAAGGUUUGUUAAUUACCUCAGGGCGUUUAUAAGAGAGGGCCCACCUGGGUAUGCUCCUUACUGUGAGGAUCGUUUAAAACGCACAUUUAACAAUGGUACACGAAAUCAACCUCCCAGUUGGUUAGAAUUACAGGCUACAAAAUCUAAAAAGCCAAUCAUGCUUCCUAUCACUUUCAUGGACGGAAAUACAAAAACACUGUUGGCUGAUUCUGCAACUACAGCUCGAGAACUCUGUAAUCAGCUCUCCGAUAAAAUUGGACUGAAAGAUCAAUUUGGAUUUUCCCUUUAUAUAGCAUUAUUUGAUAAAGUAUCAUCAUUGGGAAGUGGUGGCGAUCAUGUUAUGGAUGCGAUUUCUCAAUGCGAGCAGUACGCUAAAGAACAAGGAGCUCAAGAACGCAAUGCACCUUGGAGACUAUUUUUUAGAAAAGAAAUCUUUGCUCCCUGGCAUGAACCUACAGAAGAUCAAGUAGCGACUAACUUGAUAUAUCAACAAGUUGUUCGAGGAGUCAAAUUUGGUGAAUACCGAUGUGAUAAGGAAGAGGAUUUAGCCAUGAUUGCAGCACAACAGUAUUACAUUGAACAUAACACUGAUCUUAAUAAUGAGAGGUUAUUAAAUCUCUUACCAAAUUAUAUUCCUGAUUACUGUUUAACAAAUGCUGAGAAAUCAAUUGAAAGGUGGAAUAUAUUGAUAAUUCAAGCUUACAAGAAGAGCUAUUAUUUGAAAGAAAAUGUUGCUCAGUUGAGAGUAAAAGAAGACGUUGUGAGCUAUGCAAAAUUUAAAUGGCCAUUAUUAUUCUCCAGAUUUUAUGAAGCUUACAGAAACUCAGGUCCAAAUUUACCAAAAAAUGAUGUAAUAAUUGCUGUAAACUGGACUGGUGUCUAUGUUGUUGAUGACCAGGAGCAAGUUUUGUUAGAGUUGUCAUUUCCUGAAAUAACUACUGUCUCUAGUCAAAAAACUACCAAAGUGUUUACCCAAACGUUUACACUUUCCACUGUGCGGGGAGAAGAAUUUACAUUUCAGAGUCCAAACGCAGAAGACAUAAGGGACUUGGUGGUUUAUUUCUUAGAAGGACUGAAAAAACGAUCAACAUUUGUUAUAGCAGUUCAGGAUUACAAAGCUCCUGGUGAAGGAACUACGUUUUUAAAUUUUCAAAAAGGUGACUUAAUUAUUUUGGAAGACGAGAGUACUGGAGAAACUGUUAUGACAUCUGGUUGGUGUGUUGGUUACUGUGAAAGAACUGGUGAUAGAGGAGAUUUCCCUGCGGAAACAGUUUAUGUACUACCGACAUUAUCAAAACCGCCAGUAGAUAUAUUGGCACUAUUUAGCUUAGAAGCUGCUGAUCAAAGUCGUAAAUUGUAUUCACAACCAAUAAAUGGCACUGAACCCAGAGAAAAGCCACAUAAUUUAAUGGAAUAUGCUAUUGAUCACUUCCGAGCUCCAGCAAAACGUACAGUAUCUAAAGCGUUAACGUUGAGUUCAGCAAGACGUGCUAACAAUGAUGAUUUAUGGAGACACACAAGAGAACCAAUGAAACAGCCUCUGUUGAGAAAACUCGCUGGCAAAGAAGAAUUAGCUGAGGAAGCAUGCUUUGCAUUUGCAGCCAUGUUGAAGUAUACUGGUGAUUUACCAGCAAAGAGACGAUUACCUAAUGAAUAUACUGAUCAAAUAUUUGACGGACCCUUAAAACAUGAAAUAUUAAGAGAUGAAAUAUAUUGUCAACUUAUGAGACAAUUGACAGAUAACAGGAACAGAUUGAGUGAAGAAAGAGCAUGGGAAUUAAUGUGGCUGUCUACUGGUUUAUUUGCAUGCAGUCAAAAUUUAUUAAAAGAAUUGAAUUUAUUUUUGCGGACACGACGUCAUCCUAUAUCCCAAGAUUCUUUACAACGACUGCAAAAGACUAUAAGAAAUGGUCAGAGAAAAUACCCACCACAUCAAGUAGAAGUUGAAGCUAUACAGCAUAAAACUACACAAAUAUUUCACAAAGUAUUUUUCCCUGAUGACACCGAUGAAGCAUUUGAGGUUGACUCAUCGACGAGGGCAAAAGAUUUCUGUACUAAUAUUUCACAAAGGUUGACAUUACGGUCCAGUGAAGGAUUCAGUUUGUUUGUGAAAAUUGCUGAUAAAGUAAUAUCUGUUCCUGAAGGUGAUUUUUUCUUUGACUUUGUCCGUCACCUUACUGAUUGGAUUAAAAAGGCUAGACCCACUAGAGACGGUACAACUCCGCAGUUUACUUAUCAAGUAUUUUUCAUGAAGAAAUUGUGGACUAAUACGGUACCUGGCAAAGACAGAAAUGCAGAUUUAAUAUUUCACUUCCACCAGGAACUCCCAAAACUCUUACGUGGAUAUCACAAGUGUUCAAAAGAAGAGGCCACUAGGUUGGCUGCAUUGAUCUAUAGGGUUCGAUUUGGUGAAAGCAAACAAGAACUUCAGGCAAUACCUCAAAUGUUACGCGAACUAAUUCCUGGAGACUUGUUCAAAGUGCAGAAUACAGCGGAAUGGAAACGAGUGAUUGUAGCUACAUACAACCAGGACACAGGUAUGAGUGCUGAAGAUGCAAAAAUUACAUUCCUAAAAAUAAUCUACCGUUGGCCUACGUUUGGAUCGGCUUUCUUUGAAGUGAAACAGACUACAGAGCCUAAUUAUCCAGAACUUCUAUUAAUAGCUAUUAAUAAGCAUGGAAUUAGUCUUAUACACCCGCAAACUAAAGAAAUUUUGGUUACGCACCCAUUCACUCGGAUAUCAAACUGGUCAUCAGGAAACACCUACUUCCACAUGACAAUUGGUAAUUUGGUUAGAGGGUCAAAGUUACUGUGUGAAACUUCUUUGGGAUACAAAAUGGAUGAUUUGCUGACAUCGUACAUAUCAUUGAUGUUGUCCAACAUGAACAAACAGCGAACAAUAAAAUGA